GCAGCAGCCAUUUUAGCUCCACGGGAGAUGCGUCUUGCUGCUUUCCCAUCAGUCAUGGAGCAGAGGAAAACAGAUGGUUAAGUCUCAGUCUAUGUCUCUACCAGGCUGCGUGUGCAGGCACCAUGGUGAUGCUGGAUCACUUGAGUGUAGAAGACACAAAUGACGACUCCCUGCUGUUGCCUGAGGCUGCAACACCAACACCUGUCUGUCACAGGCAGCGCAUGCUCACACAUACUGACUCCAGUGAUAUUUUCCAAACCAGGGGUGAGAACCUUGCCUUCAGUCUGGUGCUGUUGAUUGGAUGCUACUCAGCCGUUCUGAUUCCUGCCUAUUUCCCCACGAAUCAGGUGGCAACACUGGGCAAUGACUUCCAUCAUCCUAAAGAUCUGGUCUUACUAAACCACUCAGCCUCACUGCUGUCAGGCCCCUGUCAGCCUCACUGGUGUCUGAACCACCUCAAGUCUCUGUCCUGCUCUGCGGGCCUCGUGGACAUCCCUGUGUUUGUGGAGCAGGAUGGACCCGUGCCCUGGGAUCUGUCCCCUCCUCUGGGGCUUCAGGGCAGCGAGGAGCCUCUGGCCCUGGCUCUUGCGUCUCUGCCUGAGCAUAACCUGCCUCCAUCACUGAGGAGAGAGGGCAGCUGCAGGCGAUGUAUGGUGGUGGGCAAUGGAGGGGUUCUUCAUGGGAGCCAUCUUGGAUCUCAUAUAGAUCAGUAUGACAUCAUUAUCAGGUUGAAUAAUGCUCCAGUGCCUGGCUUUGAGAGAGAUGCUGGUUCCCGCACCACCAUCCGCCUGAUUUACCCAGAGGGAGCGCCUCACUUUGCAAAAGAGUACAAAAAGACCUCCAUGGUUGCCCUGGUGGUCUUCAAGAGCCUGGACCUGGACUGGCUCACUUCUGUCAUCACCAAACAGCCUCUGAGCUUCUGGUCCAAAAUGUGGUUCUGGAGAGAGGUGGUGGAUGAUAUCCCUCUAAAACCAGAGAACUUCAGGAUCCUGCAUCCAGAGAUUAUUCGCAAGACGGGACAAGUGUUACAGAAAUAUGCAGUGAAACAGGGAAAAAUGGUGCCGACACUUGGUGCCAGUGCAGUGGUGUUGGCUUUGCAGCUGUGUGACCAGGUGAGCCUGGCAGGGUUUGGCUAUGACCUGCAGCACCCGGAGGCCAGGCUUCACUACUACGAGACAAUACGCAUGGAUGCGAUGAAGGCUCAAGUGGUGCAUGACGUCAGUGCUGAGAAACUCUUCUUGAGGGACCUGGUGGCUGCGCGAGCUGUGACCGACCUCACAGGCGCAUUGGGAGCCAGCAGCAUAGAGAGCAAUCAUAUAGUGAACUCCACGUGUACUCCUCCCUCUCGCUGUGAGCAUGUAUAGCGUCCUCCAUAAGAGGCUCACACAGCAUGGACUGACCUUUAAAGAGCCCACAGUGAUGCCUCAUGAAUCAACGAUAGUGGAGACAAAAAUAAGUAUAUCUUAUUUAAAAAUCCAUGAACUUUACAUUACCAACUGUGACAAGUGUAGUUAUUAUCAUAUAGGUAAGUACUGUGUGAUCACACAUCAGGAAAAAGCUCAGAAAAUGACUGAAUCUUUUUUAAAUCACUGCAAUCAUCAAUGUUCCACACUGUGCUGUU